AUUUUUAUCAACAACGAUAUUAUGAUGAUCCAACAUCAACCAUCGAACUUGGUAAAUUCAAAGCGCGUGUAAAUUUGAUCGACUUAAGCAAAAGAACCGAAAAUUAUUACAUCUUGGAAAGAGUUGAAUAUUACUUUCUUAAGUGGAAAAAUUUUGAUGAAACAUAUAAUACUUGGGAACCUGCAAAAAAUCUUAAUUGCCCUGAAUUAGUAGAAGCUUAUAAUCUUGAAAAAGCAUUAGAACAAUGUUUUCAACAACAGUCACAAAAUCCACCAAUUCCAAUCUUUAACGAUAUUGAUAAUCAAGGAAUUCCUCCGGAAUUCACUUAUGUCGAUGAUUAUGUAUAUGGAGAAAACGUUCCUCAUCCAGAACAAUAUCAAGGACUUCUAGUUGGAUGUAAAUGUGAAUUUGGGAAAUGUAAAGGGAAACAUUGUAAUUGUUUAAAAAAAGAAAAUGGUGGCCGCCUUUAUUAUAAACGUUCAACUGGAAAAGUGAAUUUACAACCUGGCAACGCAAUUAUUGAAUGUAAUAAUGCAUGUUCAUGCGACUUGUCAUGUCCUAAUCGCGUAACACAACGUCAGAGAAAGGUUAAUUUAGGUUUAAAAAGAUUUAUGGAAAAAGGUUGGGGAGUUAUCGCGUUACAACAUAUACAAAAGGAUUCAUUCAUUACUUAUUAUCUUGGAGAAAUUAUAACUUCACAGGAAGCAGAUUUGCGAGGAAAUAAAUAUGAUGAAGUAGGAAAAACUUAUUUAUUUGAUAUUGAUUUCUAUGAUGAUACGGAUAGCGCUGCAACUUCAUUUUUCACUGUGGAUGCAUGUAAAUAUGGAAAUAUUUCACACUUCUUUAAUCAUUCAUGUGAGCCAAAUCUAGUGGUAUUUCCCGUGCUUAAUGGUAAUUGUGAUAUAAGACUUCAUCAUAUUGCAUUUUUUGCUAAAAGAGAUAUUGAAUUUGGUGAGGAACUUACAUUUGAUUAUGUUGGAGCUGUUGAUACAAAACAUAAAGGCGACGGUACUAAAAUGGAAAUACAGGAGGAGGGUAUGGCGAAAUACGAGUGUAAAUGUAAAUCAGCAAAUUGUCGAGGGUAUUUUCUUGCAGUUUAA